GGAGGCACCACCUACUAGACUGAAUCCUCGUGCGGAAGACGCAGAUAGACCUACCAAAAGAGCGCGGCUAGACACGGACGGCGCAGGUCCAUCCUCAGUUGACGAAGAGGACGAAGAUGAGGGCGUGAAGGUGACUGCUGAUAAGUCGGGGGCCCCUCGCGCGUCGGACAUGUAUCUCGAUACGAUCAACAGAGCUGUACUUGACUUCGACUUUGAGAAAGUGUGCUCUGUAUCACUAUCUAAUAUCAACAUCUACGGCUGCCUUGUAUGUGGAAAGUACUUCCAAGGCCGAGGUCGUAACUCGUAUGCGUAUGCUCAUUCAAUACACGAUGACCACCAUGUGUUCAUUAAUCUCGAGACAACGAAAGUAUACGUCCUACCAGAUGGAUACCUCGUUUCAGACCCAUCCUUGGAGGACAUCGCGUUCGUUUUGGGACCGUCUUUCAACCGAGCGUCGAUCGAGGGUCUUUCGUCACCGUCUCACACACAGAAACCAUCGUAUGACCUUUCCUCAAAACCAUAUAUCCCUGGAUACAUUGGGUUGAACGACAUCAAGCGCAAUGACUACAUGAAUGUCAUCAUUCACUCUCUUCUACACGUUCCACCACUCCGAGAUCAUUUGCUGCUUUCGAGUUUCCGCGGCAAAGAACCGGAACUAUUGAAACGCUUCGCUACUCUCGCGAAAAAAAUCUGGAACCCUAGAUUAUUCAAGAGCCAAGUCAGUCCGCACGAGUUCCUGCAAGAAGUAGGAAGAGCGAGUGCGGGUAAGUUCAGUCUAGAAAGACAAGGCGACCCGGUGGAGUUCCUGGGCUGGCUGCUGAACCGUCUCCACAAGGACAUGGGAGGAACGAAGAAGAGAAACUCUAGCGUCAUCUACUCAACGUUCCAGGGUCAAGUCCGGAUGGAAACUCAACAAGUUGUUGUCCGUCCCGAUCUUGGAGGAAAUGAGAAGCCUAGAUUUGAUAUUGAUCGCGAGAUCAAAUCGACUGUAUCUCCCUUCUUGUUCCUUGCUGUGGAUCUACCACCACCGCCACUAUUCCAGGAUGCUGUUGAGAAGAACAUCAUUCCGCAGGUCGGUAUACAUUCAGUACUGACUAAGUACGAUGGUCGCACAACUCAGGAAUCAGCUGGUCAGCUGCGGCGCUUCAAGUGUCAACAACUGCCUCCGUACAUCAUUCUUCACUUCAAGCGUUUCACCAGAAACCAGUUUUCCGAAGAGAAAAAUCCCACUAUUGUCAACUUUCCUCUCCGAGGGCUUGACUUCCGAGACUAUCUCGAUGUCUCACAAUCUCACCCUUCUACCUUGUAUGACCUUGUGGCCAAUGUGACCCAUGAGUCGGCGGCCGGCACUACCCGAGACAAGGAGAGUACAGUGUGGAAGGCGCAUCUCCGUGCAGGCGCUGGUGGCGGCGAGAACGAGAAGUGGUUCUUGAUCCAAGAUCUCAUCGUGGAGGAGAUCCGAAAGGAGAUGAUUUUCCUGGGAGAAACCGUGCUGCAAAUCUGGGAGCGAAGGACAGAGCCUCAAAGCUACCAUAAUGGAGAUGGUCGUUACGGUUCGGCAAUGAACGUGGAUAGAUGA